AUGUCUUCCAGCACCGUCCCCUACCCCUUCCACUUCGACUCUCUCGCAGAGACAACAACCGGAUCCACAGACGGAAAGACAGCAGACAUAACUCUAACAUUGAAAAAUGUCCGAGGAAAGAUCCCCUCCAUCCAAGCAUCCCGCCUGAGAACAAUGAUGCUGGAGGCCCACAACGACCCAACCAAGAUUCUCGCACACGCCUGCACCUACGACGGCCUUUCCUCCCGUCUCGUCGAAGAAGCAGGCUUCCCCAUGGUAUUCCUCGCAGGCUAUGCCGUUGCCAGCUCCUAUGGUCUUCCUGAUACGGGAUACAUCGCCAUGGCCGAAAUGUGCGAUAAGAUCCGCGAUGUCGUCCGCCAGGUUUCGUUGCCCGUUAUGGCGGAUGGCGAUACCGGGUACGGGAGUCCGAUGAAUGUUAAGAGGACUGUUGAGAGCUUUGCGAAUGCUGAUGCGGCGGGUGUUAUGAUUGAGGAUCAGCAGUGGCCGAAACGCUGUGGUCACACAAAGGGGAAGAACGUCGUUUCUCGCGGCGAAGCAUUCGCUCGAAUCCAAGCUGCCUGCGAUGCCCGCAAUGAAGGAAAGGAUAUUUUGAUCCUUGCCCGUACUGAUGCCUUGAUGCAUGGCUGGGAAGAAGCCAUGGCGCGUGCACGAGAGUUCAAGCGUAUUGGCGUUGAUGCUAUUUUCGUCGAGGCACUACCAGAUCGGGAUGCGAUGAAGCGAUGCGCGGAGGAAAUUGAUAUUCCCAUUUUCGGUAAUAUCAUUGAAGGUGGAAAGACGGAGAACAUUUCUGCUAAGGAUCUUGCUGGACUUGGGUAUAGUGCUGUUGCAUACCCUUGGACAUUGGUUGCGGCUCAUCUCAAGAGUGUGCGGUCUGCUUUGGAUGGUCUUAAGCAGAGUAUGCUUGUUGGAGCUCCGCCGAUGAUCCUUACUUAUGAUCAGGUUUGUGAGGGUGUUGGGUUUAAUAAGUAUUGGGAGCGGGAAGAGAAGUAUAAGUUUGACGCUUGA